AUGGUGGGGAACGAGCGAUUUUCGUUUCAAAAAACCGUCCAAUGCUUAGCCCGUGUACUGGCCAUGAUUAAACCCACACCGUGGGAAAAGGUGCAAACACUGUUCAAGUAUUGUCCCCAGGAAAAUGCGGCCGGAGUGUUUUGUCUUGAUGCCCGGGCACAGGAUGCAGUUAUUGCUUUGGGGCUAUACUUUCUCGAGAGUGGUUACCAGUAUUCGAAGGAGAUCAUCCCGUACUUGCUACGGCUCGCCAAAGCCCUGCCGAAGGCUGUUUGGAUCGAUGACGUCAAACCUAAUAAAAUCGAUAAAAUACCUACGGCGGAAAAAUUUAGCUUCUGUCUCAACAGCCUCCUGUCGGACAUAGCUGUCGGGUGUCCGGAGCAUCGUGAUGAAAUCAUCCUGAACCAGGUGGAAGUGUUGACGGUGUUGACAAACAUGAUCAAGGGUAGUAAAGAGAGCAGCACACUUCCACCUAUUAUCCUUUGCAAAGCGACGGUUCCACUGCUGCUCGGGUUGAGUCGUUCGAUGGGUCGUUAUGCGGCAUGUGAUCCACCGUUGCUUUGUCGACUAUUCCCAAAGGAUGAAAUAUUGGUAGUAAAAUCGGCCGAAACGCCACUUUCGUGCGAUGCGAAAGAUAGUACUAGCGUUAGCCAGUUCCGUUCGAUCAUACCGCGCUCGAUGUCGGGCAGCCUGUCCAUGGAUGCGGGUGAAACGGAAAAAUCGAACAACAGCAACCGGAAAAAGCUCAGCUCGUUCUACUCCAUACCGUACGAUCCGACGACGUACUUUUUCGCAAAGUACGGCUCGAGCUUUAAUCAGUUCCCGAAUAUGCGGUUCUGCGACUCGAUGGAGAAAAACGAUCGGCUACAGUUUCCAAUCAACCAUUUGCAGACCAUUUUUGCGCUGGCAAAAAAGCUUCUCACCAAAGAGACGCUGGAACAUUUGGACGAACAGGCGGGUGAUAUAUAUGCGCUAAAUCAGAUUAAACCGUACGGGUAUAAAAGUUUCUCCGAAACGAUCAAUCUGGUAAUGGUGACGCUGCUGCGGGAGAUUUUGCAAAAUCAAACAGAUUUACCAACACCUUUCACGAAGGAUGUGCAAGAGUUUGUUAAGCGUUUGUUCCUGAUUGGCCAGACAGAGCUACAGAACAAGCAGUACGAUGUGCUCGAUCGUGUACGGGACCCUACGAAUAUCGUCGUGAACAAGUACAAGAUCAACGUGAUGGCCAAUGCUGCGUGUGUCGAUUUGCUCGUAUGGGCGAUCGGUGAUGAAACUGAGGCGGAUAAACUGUGCAGUCGACUUUACCAGAAGCUCAACUCGGUACUGGGACACAAGGUGGUGAUGGAUCAUAUGCCACUAUUAAUGGUUUGCUUAGAGGGAUUGGGUAAAUUAGCGCAAAAGUUCCCCAAUAUUGCGGGAACAUCGAUAUCGUACUUGCGAGACUUCCUGGUAGAUCCGAGCCCUAUUCUGACGAAGCUUCACGUUCAAUCACAAGCACAAACAAAGAAGGAUAAAGAAAAUGCACCUUUCCGUAUCGUGGUGCAAGGUUCCGAUUUUAAAGCGUUCGAUCAUGCGACAAACCCGAAAGGACUCACCAAGUCCGCCCAGGAAGCGUUCGAAGCGCUGCGUGAUGCAGCGAUCGAAAAUCUCAGCAUUGCCCUGCGAGCGGCACACGCACUGGAUCAGUACUGUGUGCCGGCCCUGGUGGCGAACGUUUCCAAUCGGUUGUUUACCGCCGAAAAACAAGAAAGCGAAUCGAGUCUGGUGUCGUUGAACAUUAUCGUAAUGUUGGGUCAUGUGGCGGUCGCUCUGAAGGAUACGCCGAAGACGACCAACAACAUUCUUCAGUUUUUCAUCCAGCGCUUCUGCAAGGUACCGUCCGAGCAGAACGUACUGAUCGUCGAUCAGCUCGGUUGCAUGAUCAUCUCCAAGUGUGAACCGCAGGUGUUCGAGGAGAUAAUGAAAAUGUUUACGCGUGUCACCGUACAGGCGGCAUCGCUCGCGUACUCGACAAAUCCGGAGCAAAGUGUUUACAGGAAAUCGUACCAUCACGUGUCGGAUGCGGUCGUGAACGCGCUGGCCAACAUUGCCGCCAACAUACAGGGUGAGCUGGAGAUGUUGGAUUUGCUUGGGAAGUUGCUGGAGCUGUUUGUGCAGAUCGGUCUCGAGGCGGAACGUUCAUCCGACAAUACAUCCGGAGCGCAGAAGGCUAGUUCGAGUGCGGGCAAUCUUGGUAUGCUUAUUCCAGUGAUCGCGGUUCUCGUAAGACGACUUCCUCCAAUUAAAAAUCCCAAACAACGGCUGCAUAAACUGUUCAAAGACUUUUGGCUGUACUGCGUCGUGAUGGGUUUCACCAACUCGCGCCUAUGGCCCUCCGACUGGUACCAGGGUGUGCAGCAGAUCGCGGCCAAAUCCCCGCUGCUAAUCUCCCAAACCGCUCACCGAUCGGAGAUGCGUGAGCUUAACUACACGUCCGCCAUUCGAUCGGGUAGCGUUAGCUUGAUGGAGCUUCGCAAUCAAAUUCUGCUGCUGCUAGACCAUCCACCGGCCGAUAUAACGGCCUGCAUCAACAAGCUCACGUUUGCACAGUGCGCUUACCUGCUGAGCGUGUACUGGUUGGAGAUAUUGCGCGUCGAGAACGCGUCCGAACCGAGCCUGGAACCGAUCCUGAGCUAUCUUUGCGACAAUGCACUGCUAAAGGACAAGUACGGCAUGUGGCAAUGUGUCCGCUGCAUCGGUGAUCAGGUGUUUGAAAAGUUCCGCAGCGUGCUACUCGCGCAAGAUUCGGUGCGCGAAAAGGUGCUGGAAUCGCAAGCGAUGCUACUGCUGGUGUACUUCAACCACAUCCACAAGCAGAUCCAGCUGGUUGCUGACCAGUAUCUGUCGCAGCUAGUCGACAAGUUUCCGCAUUUGCUGUGGAACCGUAAGGUGCUGUGGUGCAUGCUGGACGUACUGCAACUGCUCGCCUUUUCGCUUACGCUCGAUCCGAACGAGGAAACGCCGACGCUUCGUGUUGCUUCGACGCCCUACACAUUGCAGCUGAUGGACAGUUUGCCGGCGCGUGAAAGUCGUGUGAAGGAUUUUGCCGAUCGCUGCCAGGGAAUCGUGAACGAGGCGAUGAAAUGGGCACCGAAAUCAACACGCAGCCACCUGCAGGAGUACCCGAAUCAGGUGCCCUCGACGACGCUUUCCAAUCACAGCGGAUUGGCGCUGGCAGUUGAUUCCAUCCUUCACACGUGGGUAACGAAUGCUUCAAUUCCGACAACGACGAAACGGCCGCACUGCGUCAACAGCGACACAUCGAAGUUUGUGUCCGUGCUGUGUUUGCGUAGCAAGUACGCUGGUGAAAUUUCCGGCCUGCUGUCCGUGCUGGAGGAUGAAGAUAAAAAGGGUUUAGCGGAUCGGCUCGUAAAGGACGUGUGGGACGCUUGUGCGGAAAAGAGCGAUCCAAAACACCGAGGUGCAUUGUGGCGUGCCACGGCCUAUCUGAUACUUUGCUCGAGCGCCAACCGGAAGCUGCUGCACGCGAUUUCAUCCUCCCAGGUGCAGCUGUUCACCGAGAGCGCCAUGGAAACGGCGGUCGAGUGUUGGCAGUGGAUACUGACCGCACGGCAGGAUCUCGAACUGUGCUUCAUACAGGAGAUGGUCACCGCCUGGCAGACGACGUUCGACAAACGGAUGGGCCUGUUCUCGGAGGAGAACGAUGUGGCGAGCCCGCUGGCAGCGUACGAAGGUUGCCGUUUGGUGCCAAAACCGAUCGUUGUCGCACCGCACCUGAUCUGGCUGCAGCUACUGUCGGAGAUGGUCGAUACGGCGAAGUACUGCAAUCGGGACAAGGUGGAAAUGUUCUGCAUGUUGCUGCAUCGGUGUUUGCCGUUUAGCCGGGAUUUCAAGCAGAACCGACACAUCUCUACGGUCGGGUGUCGGUUUAAGCUGCUGCAGUGUGGGCUUUCGCUGCUGCAGGGCAACACCAUCCCGAAGUCGCUCGCACGCAACAUACUGCGCGAACGGAUCUACGCGAACGCGCUCGAUUACUUCUGCGGACCGCAGCUCUGCCCGAGCCAAUCCCGGGAAGCAUUGCUCGAGGACAUCUCGAUACUGCUAAAAUUCUGGCAGACGAUGCGCAGCGAGAAGAAGCAUCUGGUCGCGUCGGAGGUGAGCGACUACGAGCUACACACCGCGUCGGUGAAUCUGUCCGUGCAGAAGGUUUCGCUCGAUACGGUGUCACUCGCUGGGAGUGAAGUCGCACGGUCGACGAGCAGCGGAAAUGCCGGCUGGUACAAUACGAUCCCACACUCGACGUCGACCCUAUCGAAGCGAUCGGCACGCAUUAAGCGUCCACCGUACCCGAAGGAUGCGUACGAUAAGGAUUAUAUGAAAAAGCGUAACCUGAUACUGGAACUACUAGCGGUCGAGAUUGAGUUUAUGCUGAUUUGGGCCAAUCCGCUCUCACUGCCCGAGCUGCAAAUUCCAGGUGAAGAGUCCGUUGUGGAAUGGCGUGCUCGGCCGGUGAAGUUGAACGUAUGGCGUGAUUUUACGCGCCUUGCCUGGUCGUACAAUCCGGCCCUGGCUGUGUUUUUGCCCCAGCGCAUCCGGAACGCGGAAACGAUCGAAGACGAGGUGACGCGGCUGGUGUGUUCCGACCCGAUGGCGGCCGUACACAUCCCGGAAGCGCUCAAGUAUCUCGUCACCACCAAGACCGUGCUGAACGAAUCACCCGAGCUGGUGUACAUGUUGACCUGGGCGCGGGUGAAUCCGAUCCAAGCGUUGUCCUACUUUUCGCGUCAAUAUCCGACCCAUCCGCUCACGGCACAGUACGCGGUGAUGACACUGAACUCGUACCCGGCGGAAGCAGUCCUUCCGUACAUUCCGCAGCUUGUGCAAGCGUUACGACACGACACGAUGGGUUACGUGACGGAGCUGAUCAAGCACAUCUCGAAACGAUCGCAAAUUGUGGCCCACCAGCUCGUUUGGAACAUGCAGACCAACAUGUACAUCGACGAGGAGAUGCAUCACCGAGACUCUCUUUACGACGCACUGGAAUCGCUGUCCCAAAAUAUCAUCUCCUCACUGUCCGGACCGGCGAAACGGUUCUACGAAAGGGAGUUUGAUUUCUUUGGCAAAAUUACCGCCGUCAGUGGCGAAAUUCGAUCCUUCCCGAAAGGCCAAGCACGAAAGAAGGCUUGUCUGGAGGCGCUGAGCCGCAUCAAGGUACAGUCCGGCUGCUACCUUCCAUCCAACCCCGAAGCGAUGGUGCUCGACAUUGACUACAACAGCGGUACCCCGAUGCAGAGUGCGGCGAAGGCACCGUAUCUGGCCCGGUUCCGCGUACAGCGCUGUGGCAUUACCGAGCUGGAAACGAUGGCGAUGGAAGUGUCGAACAAUCCCGACUCGCAGAUCGAUGGACCACGGUUGAAUUCGCUCGGUCCGGAAGCGUGGCAGGCGGCCAUUUUCAAGGUGGGCGAUGAUGUGCGACAGGACAUGCUGGCACUGCAGGUGAUCUCCAUUUUUAAGAACGUAUUCCAGCAGGUCGGAUUGGAGUUGUACCUGUUUCCUUAUCGUGUCGUUGCCACUGCACCAGGGUGCGGUGUUAUCGAGUGUGUACCGAAUGCGAAAUCACGCGAUCAGUUAGGACGGCAGACGGAUUUCGGGCUGUACGAGUACUUCCUGCACCAGUACGGUGAUGAAACGUCGAAAGAGUUCCAAUCGGCACGCAGCAACUUUGUCAAGUCGAUGGCGGCGUAUUCGGUGAUCGGUUACCUUUUGCAGAUAAAGGACCGUCAUAAUGGCAACAUUAUGAUUGAUAAGGAUGGCCAUAUUAUUCACAUCGAUUUUGGUUUCAUGUUUGAAUCAUCGCCUGGUGGUAACAUCGGGUUCGAACCCGAUCUCAAACUAACGGACGAGAUGGUAAUGGUGAUGGGUGGCAAAAUGGAGGCGGCACCGUUUAAGUGGUUCUGCGAUCUGUGCGUACAGUCGUUCCUUGCCAUUCGCCCGUACCAGGACGCCAUUGUGACGCUAGUAUCGCUCAUGCUCGAUACCGGUUUGCCGUGUUUCCGGGGUCAAACGAUUACGCUGCUCAAGCAGCGAUUCGUGCCGACGAAGAACAGUAAGGAGGCGGCCGCGCACAUGCUGGGUGUGAUCCGGAACUCGUACCAAAACUUCCGCACGCGCACCUACGACAUGAUCCAGUAUUACCAGAAUCAAAUUCCAUACUAA